AUGGCAUUAUUCCCAGAUUGUAUUAGACUAUUUACCGGAGAAGAUGUAAGUAAAGAAAAAGUUUGUUUAACUUUUGACAAAGCUGUAUUUAGUAGAAACAUUUCAAAUAAAAAUAAAUUUCCACAAGAUAAGAUUGAAAUUGGAUUUGAGAUUGUUACGGAUAAAUGUUAUCAAUUUGUUUGUUAUAACAAAACUGACUAUUUUCAAUGGAUUAAUACAAUUCCAUUAUUCUGUAAUUUUACUGGUGUUUUUGGAUAUCCAUUACAAGCAACUGCAUCAAAAAAAAAGAGUGGUUGGAGAUUUCCUUUACCAAUUUAUCGUUCAAUUGAAUAUCUAAAAAAACAUGGAGGAGUAGAAACAGAAGGAAUAUUUAGAGUUAAUGCUGUUUAUACAUGGAUGAAUAGAGUAAAAGAAUUAUUAAAUUCAGGACAAGACAUUAAAGAUGAAGAAUUUGGUCCAGAAGGAGUUCAUGUUGCAGCGUGCAUAAUAAAACUAUUUUUAAGGGAAUUAUCUGAUUGUUUAAUUCCAAUGCAGUUUUAUCAACAAUACGUUUCUGUAGGAAAUACAGAAAAUGUUCAAACUAGAGUAAAAGUUUUAAAACGAUUAGUGUCUAGUCUUCCUGACACAAACAAAUAUACUUUGUGGUAUCUUUGUGACUUCCUUGUAGAUGUAUUAAACCAUCAAUCAGUAAAUCAAAUGGGAGCUUCUAACUUAUCAAUUUGCUUUGCACCUUCUAUUAUUACUUCACCUGAUAUUAAUCCAACAUUAGAAAUAGAGAAUUCUGCAAAAAUUCGUGUUGUUUUUGAAACAUUUUUAGAACAGUUUAAUUCAAUUUUUGGAGAUGUUGCAACAGAAAAUAGAAAAAUGGGAAUGGUUUCUCCUCCUUAUCCUGCUGUUACUCCUACGGCUGCAGUUUCUGAUGCUAUUGUAGCAGAACAAGUCGCUCAAGAGUCUAAUAGAAGAAAAACUUUAAGUUUUAAGGGUAAGAUAUUUUCAAAUACAUCAAAUAAUGAUGAGAAGAAGGAUGAACCUCCUAAAUCAUUUUUAGGAAGAAAAGUUCAUACGUCUCAAGAAAGUUCUAUCUCAGACCGUACAAAUGCAGGGUUAUCUUCGGUUCAAAGUUCUGUUACUACAUCUGGUAUUGGUUUGACUCAACAAACUUUAGGACAUCAAAUCAUUGAUGAAAAAGAAAGGUUUGCUUCAUUAGAAGAAAAAAUAGCUUAUUUAAUGAGUAAGUUUGAAGAACAACAAACAACAAUCCAACAACUUACUCAACGUAUUGUGUUUCUAGAACACCAAGUAGCACUAAAAGAUUCUUCAACAAAAGGUAAUGAAGAACAACAAUUUGGAUUAUCACCACCUAAAGUUAAAGUUGACUUUUUGGCUAUGAGAAAAACAAUGAAUAAACCAAUUCGUCAAGAAAAUAUUGCUUCAAGUGCACCUCCUUCAAACAAUCCUAUUCUCCAACAUACUCUCGAACAAAACUAUCAACACCCAGAUGACAUGGGUAUUCAGCAAGAAUAUACUAUGGAAGAUGACCAGUCCCACAAACAAGAAAUACCUGAACAACCCCCUCAACUUCCUCCUCCAAGAAGGGGAGCUUCAUCUGCUAACAGAUCUUUAAAUCCAACAUUAUCUUCUAAUGACUCAAUAAGGAGAGGUGGUUUUAAAUCAACUUCAUUAAGUAAUUAUGAACAACCAACAACUAGUGUUUCAGCCCCUCCACUAAGCCCAGGGCUUAAAGGAAGAGGUGCACUUAGAGGGGGGUAUCAUUAA